AAAACGAAAACGAAGUUACGAAGGGGUGAAAUUGAGAACAAAACAAAGAUGAUGAGCGCCACCAGUCCACCCUCCAAUUAUCCACCAUUCUCAUUCUGUCACCCUUCAUCGUUUCUCUGCCUACAUCACGGAACGCCCAACCCAGUAAAUCUAGCAUAGUAUUUUAGAAAUUACAGUCAAAUCCUACCUGCUCUAUUUUCGGAAAAUUAGUUUAAUCAAUUUUGAUUCUUUUAAAUACACUUGCUCAGCAGCCCCCAAAUCCCCUGUUAUUCAGAGAAAAAACAAAUCUUCCCCUUUUGCGUCUUUGUUGAUGCUCAUUGAAGCUGCCCAAUUAAGUGAAAGAUGGUUGCUUUCGGGAAGAAGCUGAAGGAUAGACAGAUUGAAGAAUGGAAUGGAUAUUACAUCAAUUACAAGCUCAUGAAGAAAAAGGUGAAACAAUAUGCUCGCCAGAUUGAGGCAGGAGGGGUAGAACGCAGAUAUGUCCUCAAAGACUUUUCAAGAAUGCUCGAUAACCAGAUUGAGAAGAUUGUUCUUUUUCUACUGGAGCAACAAGGGCUGCUUGCAAGCAGAUUAGAGGCGCUUGGGUUACAACAAGAUGCUCUUCAACAGGAACCAGAUUUUGUAAAGAUAAAUGAAUUAAGGGAAGCGUAUAGAGAAGUUGGAAGAGAUUUAUUGAAACUAUUGUUUUUUGUUGAGAUUAAUGCAGUUGGGUUGCGUAAAAUUCUCAAGAAAUUUGAUAAACGUUUCGGUUAUAGAUUUACUGAUUACUAUGUAAAAACUCGGGCAAAUCAUCCUUAUUCUCAACUUCAGCAAGUCUUUAAGCAUGUGGGUUUAGGUGCAGUGGUAGGUGCCAUAUCUAGAAAUCUUGCAGAGCUUCAAGAUCGUCAAGGGAGCUAUCUAUCAAUUUAUGAUCAACCUGCUCUUCCUCUCCAGGAACCAAUAAUCGACACCAUAAUAGCAGCAGUGGACAGAUUAAGCUACUCAACAAAUUUCCUGACAUUUUUAGGGCAACAUGCUCUGAUCAUGCAAGAGGAAUUACCAACACCUUUGGAAGAACACAUUGAUGAUGAAAGAUACCAUUUCAUGUCACUUAUGUUGAACCUAGUCAACACCUUUCUUUAUAUGGUCAACACUUAUAUCAUUGUUCCAACAGCAGAUGACUACUCCAUGAGCUUAGGAGCUGCUGCAACGGUUUGUGGGAUUGUGAUUGGUGCCAUGGCUGUUGCACAGUUGUUUUCUUCUGUUUAUUUCAGUGCUUGGUCAAACAGAUCAUAUUUCAGACCAUUGAUCUUUAGCAGCAUUGUUCUUUUCAUGGGUAAUGUCAUGUAUGCAAUGGCUUAUGAUAUGAACUCCAUUACAGUGCUUUUACUUGGUCGUGUGUUUUGCGGGCUUGGUUCAGCUAGAGCUGUGAACAGAAGGUAUAUCAGUGAUUGUGUGCCUUUAAAGAUCAGGAUGCAGGCUUCUGCAGGUUUUGUUAGUGCAAGUGCUCUUGGAAUGGCUUGUGGGCCCGCACUUGCUGGUUUGUUACAAGUCAAAUUCAAGUUUUAUAAGAUCACAAUUGACCAAAAUACAGCCCCUGGUUGGAUUAUGUCUUUUUCAUGGUUGAUUUAUCUAAUUUGGUUAUGGAUCUCUUUUAGAGAACCUGGUCAACCAAGGGAUGAGAAUCAUGCACCCGAAUCUACCACGGCUCCCACGAAUAGCGAUGUUCUUGAAAAGGGUUCAACUACUCAACCACUGCUCAUAAGUUCUAAGCCUCACAAUGAUGAAGAAGAUGAAGACCAAGAAUGUGAUGUUAGUGAAGAAACUACAGAAGAUUCACGGGCACCCGUUAAUUCUAUAGGAGCAGCCUACAGAUUGCUCACACCUUCGGUCAAGGUUCAACUUUUGAUUUAUUUCAUGUUAAAAUACGCGAUGGAGAUUUUGCUAUCAGAAUCUAGUGUUGUUACCACGUAUUACUUCGGUUGGACUACUGGAAAAGUUGCAAUCUUUCUUGCUUGUCUCGGUUUGACUGUUCUUCCGGUCAAUAUGAUUGUUGGAAGCUACAUCAGUAACAUGUUUGAAGACAGACAAAUUUUACUAGCAUCUGAAAUCAUGGUCUGUUUCGGUAUUCUCAUGAGCUUUCAUGUCAUCCUUCCGUACUCUGUCCCACAAUAUGUUGUUUCGGGACUCAUCAUGUUUGUGUCGGCUGAAGUGUUAGAAGGUGUGAAUUUGGCGCUUCUGUCACGGGUGAUGUCAUCAAGGCUGUCACGUGGGACAUUCAAUGGGGGGUUGUUAUCAACAGAAGCGGGAACGAUUGCUCGGGUGAUUGCAGAUGGCACAAUCACACUUGCAGGGUAUUUGGGGGAAAGCAAACUUUUGAAUGUCACAUUGCUGCCUUCACUUGUGAUUUGCAUAAUGUCGAUUGUUGCCACUUGUUUCACGUACAAUUCUUUGUACUGAUUGAUUAAUAAUGAUGAUGAAGAUUGGAGUAUUUGGUUUGGUGUGUACGAUAUUGAUAGGUGAUUAUUUUUGGACGUUUAUAUUCA